AUGGACGCGGUUCUGGAGUACGUCACCGGGAUGAAUCGUCCGCUGAACGCGACGAACGUGGGCGACGCCAUGGGGGCGCGAGGGGUGAAGAAGGGGCUGGCGCAGAAGUAUCUCGAUAAUCUGGCGGAGGGCGGGCGAUUGGCGUUCAAGGAGAGCUCGGGGAAGACGACGCAAAAGGUGUACUAUCCGAUACAGGACGGCGAGGUGAUGAGCGCGGAGGAAUUGAAGAUGCUGAACGAACGCACGAAGACGACGAUGGCGGAGGCGGGGGUGGUGCACGACGCGGUGAAGGCGUUGCGCGCGCAGUUGCAGUCGCUCAAGGAGGCGUCGAGCGUGGAGGACAUGGAGAAAGAGUUGAAGGCGCUCGAGGCGGAGAACGAAGCGUCGCAGAGCAAGCUCGGUCCGUUGAGAGAGCGAAGUGCGAACGGUGACGUCAUCACGGAAAGUGAUCGGGUGAAGAUCGAGGACGCUUUCUUGAAGGCCAUGGAGUAUUGGCUCUCAAGACGAAAGGCGUUUAAUAACGUUUUUGAGGCCGUCCUCGAGGGCACCGGAGGCGUGAAGAAAAAGCUGUGGGAAGAGCUUGGCUGCGAGAACGAGGAGGAUGUAAGCAUCGAUUACGCGAAAUAUAGGAAGAUUUACGACGAUUUGAAGCGCCAGCGUCUGAUUGAGAUGCGGCAAAAGCGUUUCAAGAGAUGA